UCAGAAACACAGGGACAAUUUUCAUGACAUGAACUAUCUGGAUUCAACUCGGAAGGGAUCCUCAAAGUCAUUAUACAGGCCUAUUUGCUUUUAGAAGACAUGCUAAAGUCAAAAUAAACGGAGUUUCUAAUCUGCAGGGCUAAACUUUGGCCCCAGCGCCUGUCGCUGCGGGGGGUGCAAGUGGGUCUAUUGUGACGUCGCUCGUAGCAACAAGGUCAGUGUUGGAGUUGCGCGCACGGGUGUAUUUCCCAUCGAGAUUUAUCACCCGAGGAGACGCACUGUAAUGUGCUGUCUGCAAAUGGGUGGAUUGAGCCGAAUCUGGAAGUCCGUGGAUUGAGCUGAAACAACUCUAGUUCUCUUUUCUUUUUUUUAAAGAUCUUUUGCAACACUUCCUCUAAUUGUCAAGAUGACCGACUUGCUGUCCGUGGUGUCGGAGGCGGAGAGGAACUCCUUUCCAACCCUCUCUCAGCUCUCAGAAAACGACGUUGACAGCAUUUGGUCAAACGUGUCAUCUUUCGUGGAGAGACAGAUGACCUUGCAAAAGGGGGUCUACAUCCCAGGCCUGGGAACCUUCACCUUCUCUCAGCAGAAGCUGGACGUAGGCAACAAGUUUGUUUUGAUCCAGCGACCCAUCUUCCUGCUCUCUGAGAAGCUGUCCCAGUCACACGGUCUCAAGCAGGUCAAACCGCUGUCUGCAGCAGGGGACGUGCCAGUGGUCCAGCUCAACUUCACAGCCCUGUCUGUGGAGAGCCCGUUUGAGCGUCACGUGGUGGAGGGCUGUGUGAGAGAGACUCUGCUGGUGUUGCUGAGAGCCGUUGCCGCCGGACGCUCAGUCCUCUUCACCGUCCACGCCAUCGGAGAGCUGUCGUUCUGCCAGAGCAAAGUCAAGAUGAAGUUCUACCACGACUUUGUCACCGCCAUGGACGGCAGCGGGAAGCUGCUCCGGGCUCUCUCCAAUAGACCUGGCACCAGCAACUCUCUCCUGUUUGGGAGAGGAUCCAGUAUACAGGGACCAGGGACCAGCAACACCAUCAUCCUCCCUAAGAUCUCCUCCGAACAGCGGGGGAAGGACUGGGGAGAGGAGGCCCUAGCCCAGGUCCAGACAAACUCAGACAGGAAGGAGGAGAAUGGUGGUGAGGGAGAGACAGUGGUGUAAUCUGGUCCUCUUAAAACCU